ACCCAAAAAAUAGCAAUUAUCUUCGAUCACAUUUUAGAGCCAUAAUGGCUCUUGAUCACUGUAGAUUAGGCCUGGAAAACGAAUUUUUGGAAAACAAAUCAGGCCGAAUUUUUUGCGUUCGACAAGUUUACUUAACAAAAUCUUGCCAACAACUCUGGGAGCGUGUAAACCAACAUUUCAUACUUUUUAUACAUGACAUCUGAAACAGUAAUAUGAGGCGUUGUUUUUAUCAUAUAGACCUCACACAAAAUGCAGUAUUUCACAAUUUUUCAAGACAAAUUGCACUCAUUCAAUAUUCAGAACCGUACGAAGCACGCGUGGGCUUUUAGCAAAACCGUUCCAAAAAUUUCCAAAAUCACCUAUACGGCCAGCCGGUUCUCACUUUUGACAAGCGCCAAAUUUUCAGUGAACAUUAAAAGAGUUACGCGCUUCAACAUAAUAAAGAAUUUAUUGUGUUUAUUUUUUUUAUUAAAUGGUUGUAUAACGAUGUGUAAUCUUAAAAAGCGUUUGAUACGAGCAGCAUUUUGAGUACUCCUACUGCAAGCGUGGUUUAUGAACGACUCAAAAAAAAGGGCAAAGCGAUUAAAAUUGUAAGAGACUACUAACAAUCAAUAAAAGAAAUGUAAUUCGGUGAAACAUUUACAGAGACAACAAUUUUCAUUCACGAAGACAAGUAUUAAAGCGUCUCUAAAAAUCCUUAGUCUUUAAGCUUAAGCUUAAAGCUUUUAGCCGGCUUCCUGGUGUUUACUGUUUUCAAAGAUGAACUCGAGGCAAGAAAAUCGCUCAAAGCUUUCUUUCUACAGCCAAAAUUAUAACUAAAUACUCUUCGGAACGUUUUUUCGUUCUAUAUGCGGAGAGAAAAUAUCGACUAAAGGCUUUUUAAAGUUCUGUAAGCUUAUAUAUACUAGAUCAGAUCAUUGCCUCAGAUCUUUAUACAAACGUGCAUAAAUUAGCCUCAUAAACUGCGCUCGACUUCAUGAAAUUAGAUAUUAAAAAACAAACAUACACUGUAUACAAUAAUUACUUAGGCUUACCAUUCGAGAUGCAGCGCUUGAAAGCUAUAAAGUAAGGCCAAAAUCGCUUGAGGGACUUUUUAACCCGCAUCCAGCAAGGUAAAAACGAAAGCGAUGCAUCCGAAAUCGGAUUUCCAACUUUGGCAACCGGCGCAUUUCCCGACCAAAAAUUCAAUAAACAAACCAGCCAUGAAUCAAAGAAGACUGUUGAUAGCAGCUGUAUUUCAUUUUAAGCAUCCAGUGGAAAAAGACAGUAAAAAACAUUACAAGUUGACAAAAUACUCUGUCAGCUUCAGCUGUCAAACUGAAAGUAAACAAGGUUCAAGAUGCUGUAUAAAUCAGUUUCUGCAUGAACUCACCUGUCAAAUUUUGACCAAUCAGAGCAUAAAAAUUGGACGGUCGUAGAGCGUGAUCAACGGGUGACUAUGGUGAGAAAAGUGAAAAGCCUCUGUCUUCCCUGCUUGUAUUUUUAAAUUACUGGCUGAAUUUUCGAGUCCGAGAUCAGUUUGAAAUCAAAAUGUUAAUAGCGCGGGGCCAUAGUGACAUUAACACAACACUUUCUGUCAUCAUGUCAUUAUUUUGCUGCCGUUCUCUUUGCCUUUGUAUUUCUCUUUCGCGUUGCCUUUGUCUGUCCAUUCUAGCUCUGUCUCGUUCUGCUUGCCAGCGUUUUUCACUAUAAUUUUCUCUCCUUCUUCUCGCUCUGACUCUUUCUACUUGCUUUCUUUUUUCCAAAACCAGUUGCGCGAUAAAAAAUUGCGCGACGUUAACGCGUUGCGCCAUGCGAUUUCCCGCCAAAAAAUCUCUACUUUCCCCUACCUCAAGAGUCCAUGCGGACUACUUUCCACUACCCGGAAAGUCCGUACGGACGGACGUACGCUACGUCAUAACCAAAUUUUCUGGGAUGGAUAGUUUACCAAAUUUUCUUACCCAUGGUGCUCCGCUAGGCGUGCGCGAAGCGCGCGCGGGAGCUCCGCUAUUGCUGGCACCAGUCCUAUAUAUGUCAGGACACAUAAAACAGUAAAUGGGGAAGACGAUGUAAGACAGCUUUUUUAUAAAGAUAUAUAUUUUUAAAUUUGUUUUAACUUGUUAUGUGGGUUGUUGUAAACAUAAAAGUAAUUAUAAGGCAGGUGUCCAAGGUUGCUUUUUUAACUUCAGACAUCAGCUAAGAAGUAGUCAAGGGUCACGGCAAAAACCACCCUAAUCAUGAUAUUCCAUUGUGAGGCUCCAUAACUUAUUCCCUUUUUCUGUAUCCAGUCUCUCCCUUUGCUAGAAAAAUAAGAUUAUUCCCAAUGCAGGGUUUUUAUUCCCAGUUAGUAAUGAGGUUAAAGUAGUGCCACUGUUACAGUGGUGGAUCCAGGGGAGGGGCCCGGGGCACCCCCUAUUUUACACCUCACAUCCGUCUGUAAAUUAACUCUGGGGUUUCAGGAACAUAUUUUCAGGCAACUGGCACAGUUACUGCUACUAUAGCAACUUGCUUUUCAUAUGGAAGGGGUUACUUGGAUGAAUUUUUGAUGGGGUGUGCUGCUGGCCACUAAAAACUCCCUCCCCAUUCUAGUGCAUUCUGUGGCCAAUUGUUUACCCCAUCUUACUCACUUUUGGGCAAAAGCAAAUUUCCGUGAUCCCAACUACUGUAUUUUGUUAAAUGAAAGCUGGGGGCAAUUAUUUCUUUUUUCGCAUUAAUAAGAGGCAAUUUUUUGAGGGAGGCGAAAAGAGACAGCUAGUACUCAAGGAAAUACGGUAUUCCUAAGAGCUCCUAAGUCAUUUUUCUGUUUAUGCAUCUACAGUACAUGUACCCUAUAAAUCCUUUGGUCAUGAUUUGAAACAUGUAGUAAAAAAGUCCACGUUUUAAUCCCCACUUGCCUGAAUUUUUUUAACCCCAAAAUUCUGUGCAAACCCCAUUCUCCUUACUCUAUGUAACUCCAUUGCAAAUGCAAGCCCAUUAUAGUCAGUCCAGUCAUUAAAAUGUGACCCCAUCCAGCAGCACAUCCCCAUUAGCCUAUUACUGGGAAGUACCCACCCUGGGCUCCUUCACUGUCCCUCAUUAUGCCAAAUACUUAACUCUACAGCUCCUGCAGUCCAGCAUUCUCACAGUCACUGAAAAGUGAAGUAUUAAAGGUCAAAUGAACCAAAAAUUCGACAUUUUUUAUUUUAAUUCAAUUCUAGUGAAAUGUGUUUAAUAUGAACCAAAUAAACAUACUAUAAACAUACUAUGAAGUUUCAGCUCAAUUGAAGCAAGUAUCUCCGAGAUAUUCGCAAUUAAAAAUUGCUAUUUUUUGGCCCUUAUCUUCGUAGAGCGGUCGGAAAAAUUGUCGGAAAAAACAGCUUGUGACGUCAAUGUUGGUCAGGUGAAAAAAAGCGGGAAAUUCAAAACAGAGUUUUUCGAGUCGACUUGGUGCAGAAGUGGUUUGUGCGGCCAUAAACCUGGAAAGAACAGGCAAUUUGUCUUCAAAAGUUGCAAGCUGUGGUUAUAACCUUCUUAUUAUUUAAUUUUCUCGACGAAUACAUCAUAGUAAAACGGACUUUAACGACAUUUACUAAUUUCCUUAAGUUUCACUGGAAAUGUGCGUGCGUAAGUCCGAUUUUUUUGCAAGAUGCAUUCACAAAAUGUGCUCAUAUAAGGAAGUUCCUGGAUGUAUAAGGUCCGGAGCUCCACCGUGGAUACAAAAACAAAGUAUCUUUGUAUAAUAAUCUGCCCAAAGAAAUUCAAGUUUGCCCACAAUGUGUUUGAAGUCACUGAACUUUGUCGCACUCGAGGUGAUAUUUUAAAACCCACGCUCGAUCGAACACUUCUAGCCUCGCAGAUCACUAAAAUAUAAACAAAAUCCUCAAAGUAGAAAUUUUGGCGUUGAUAUGUGGACAGAAAAAGAGUUAAUCAUUAUCUAGUAAAUCUUCCCCAUGAUCGGUUUCAAAGCAACCAUAGCUAGUUUUCAAAGUUUAAACUUGAUCGUUUCGCGCAGAUUAAUUUUGCUUUAUUUUGUGUUGUCAAGUUGAACAUGCAUAACACCUGUCAAGAAAGUAAGAUUUCCUUCAAACAAAGUUAUGGUUACAUUAUUGCAAAAACUUCUUUCCAAUUAUGUGUAAGAUUUAAUUACCGAUUGAGGUCACCUUAAGGACCAUAGACGCCACUUUAAGCUGGCAGAGAGAUGCGACAAGCAAAGAGCAAUUCCAUCAUGCAUAAAACUCAGCUUAAGUGAACUAAAAAAAGCUUCAAUAACGUUGCAAAACAACAAAUUUUCAUUAAAAAACACAAGGCUUAACGCUCUUAUACCUGCUGACAAAGAAGAAGUGAAUUUUCUGUGCGGAAACAACCUACCUAAAGAUCUUAAAAGCAAAAGAUCAGUUGCAUGCUUCGCAGCCAAGCUAUCAUUCUUACUACUUACCGUAGUUAGAUUAGCUACUUUUAAUAACUGGUCCAUGCGAGGGUCUUCAUGUUCAAGCAAAUUAAACUCAGCAAACUGAAUCAUUAGAAAGUACAGAAAACUGCACAUAAGGAUUUGUUUUGCUCGCUUCAGUCAAAUCCAGCUCCAGCAAUUGUUUGCGGGCAAUGAAUCGAUUGUUUUGGAGUCACUGCCGGCAGUUGUCGUUCUCCGCUACUUCACAGCGAGUGAAAAGAAAAUUUGCGUACAGAAAGAUAACAAAACUAUGUAAUUAAAACUGAAAAAACUACAGGAAAAAAACUCUGCCUAUUAUUACUUGAGCAACAGAAAAAUGAUCGAAGUAGUCUUUUCUUCUCGAGUAAGCUUGUUGGCCUUGUAAAGUUCCGAGAAAGUUUUUAAAAGCUUGUUCACUUGCAUGCGUUGCCGUUACGGUUCUUUGACUGAAGACAAGGAUAAAGCUGGUCCUGUAAAGGUAAAUAAAUCUGGGCGUGUAAAAAAAGUAACCAUAACUACUAAUAACAGAAUACAAGCAGGUUUUAAUUCAACCCGGCGAAAGAAGGCGAAGCACUGGACACAAAAUCAACUCACAAAUCGAAUGCACAAUUAUCAG